CCGCGCCGCCUGAAGCCUCCACUCUGAUCUGAUCCACCUCUGUCUGUUGACAACUCCUCCAUCACGAUGAACACGACCGGCCGCGAGGACUCGCUCUCUCUUCUCGAGCAAGACCUCGCAAAGGCCACUCUCUCCUCAUUCACCUCCCCGUCUCCGACCGAUCCUGCCUCCGAUGCUACCGCCGAAUCCUCCGCCGCUGAGUCAUCCCUCCUCGCCGACCUUCCCUCCGAGCUCGUCCAUGUCAUCCUCGACCACGUCCCGCCCGAGGAGCAACAGCGCGCGGCCCUCGCACUCCGCCGCGUCCUCCCCCACCACCCCGUUAGCAGCGCGCAUCUUUGGAACCAUCUCGUCGUGCACCACCCACGCCAGCUCCUCCCGCUCUACCGCAAGCUCAAAGAGGAGGCGGGGCGCGAGGGCGGCGGCGCGACGACGCUCGUCAAGACCUUUGCGCAGGAAUCAUGGCGCGGCGAUGCGGACGUGAUGAACAACGUGCUGCGCUGGCUGCCUGACGUGCGCACGCUCAUGCUCAAUGUCGGUACGAACUUUGUGCCCGAGCACCUGCAGGAGCUGUUCCACGAGCCCAGGCCCGGCAUCGAGCGCAUGGAGAUGCGCUUCCGACCGUAUGUCGAGCAGGCGUCUUACUACCAGUUCCUCAAGGGCUCGUACUUUGACAGUGCGGUCGAGACGUUGCGCUCUUGGCCCGAGACACCUUCCUUCACCCACUUGAGUCUCGUGCAGGACCUCCCCCCGCGCGGCACCGAGCCACCCACGCGCAACACCUCCGAGGUUUCUCUCAUCGACGACGUUGAGAGCCUCGGCUGGCAGAGCCGGUAUCCGUCCCGUUUCCCCUCGCGCCUGGGCAGUGCUGUGCCCACUGCUGCGCCCAGCGUUGCGGCCAGUGCGAUUGAGUCUGCGCCUGCGAGCACCAUUGCCAGCGCCGCUACGUCGACGCUCACUAGCGCGGCAGCAUCAACAGCUUCUUCUCCCGCCUCAUCCGACACCGAGAGUGCCUCUGAAGCGUCCACCCCGCCGACCUCAAUUGAUGAGGACGAGUCACCGGCGUGCAAGGAGUACACGCGCAAGGCCCCGUUCCCGUUCUUCUCAGAGCGCAUGCAGAAGUUUCGCCCCAAGACCUUCGCGCAACCCAUUGUCUUCUUCGACAUCAAGUGCAUUGCACGCUUCGGCGCCUCGCCCGCUGCCAAGCACAUCACCCACUUCCGCCUGCACGUGCCUUCUCGCGACAUUGCCAGUGUCCUCAUUCCCGCGCAGACCCGCAUCUUCCCCUCGCUCCGCUACCUCGACAUCUCCACGACCAAUGUGCGCCUCGACGCUGUGCUCUCUACGCUGCUGCGCACGCACGAGCGCCUGGAGCACCUCGUGCUGGACCGCGUCAACCUCUUUGGGUUCAAGGCCCGUGAGUCUGGCGGCCCGCUGUGCAAGGAGCUCGGCACGAUGUGUGUUACGGCCGGUCUCGCGCGCGGCAAGGAGCGCGAGCGCCAGAUCCUCGCAUGGGAUGCGGCCGAGCGCACACGCCAGGCUGAGCGCGCCGCGGCUGCUCGCCGUGCGAUUCACGACAGCGACGCAGAGGACGAGGAGACGAGGGAACAGCGGCGUGCUGAGCAGGAGGCACAGGCAAUGCGGGAUGAGAUGCAGCGCCAGAUUGCACUGGCCCGCUCCCGCAGAGGUCAUAGAUCUGCGGGCCAGGCUCCCUUCUCCCUCCGCGAUCGCCCCUCGAGACGCACCGCUGUCGUUCCUACGGCCGACCUUCCCCCGAGUGAAAGAGCGUACUUUGUGCUGCCUGCUCUCCCUACGCUCAAGAGCGUGAGCAUUGGCGGCGAGACGCCCAACCUGUCGCGCUUCAAGGCAAGCGGGUGGGAGGAUGAGUUUCAUUCUGGCUGGCGCGCGGGUCUGGCAACCCUGCACGGGUGGGCGGUGCAUGUGGCGGAAAAGUACGAGCGCGCUCUGAAGAAGGCGGAGGAGUGGCGCGAGACGCAGGCGCGCAAGUCGGCAUCUGCCAACAACAUGUCGAAGGGCAAGGGCAAGGGGAAGGCUAUGGUGGCUCCCAAGAUUACCGCCAAGCCGCCCCCGCUUGACGUUCGCCUCUUCCGCUUCGCAGCACCUGACGAGCCGCUGCCCGACUAUGACGCGUCUGACCCCACGACCGGGCUUAUUGAGCUUCACCCCGAAUCUCCGCGCGACUACCUCGACGGCUACAAGCAGGCUAUCGCCGACGCGGAGCUAUACACGCACACGCAGGCCGUGCGCCCGCCGUGUGUGCUCUGCACUGUGCCAGAGGUUGAGGGACCGCGGCGGCGGGGUGCCGACGGUGAACGGAUCGACGGACGCGGCGGUAUGGACCGCGACCACCGCCCUGGCUGUGGGCACCAGGUUGGACGCGCUGCUUGGGGUUGGGAAGGUGUUGAGGCGCGCGGCAAGUAGUUGCUGCGUGCUAUGUGUUACGUGCACCGCCUGCUGCGUGCUGCGUACUGUGUGCUGCCAAUGUGUUUGUUUGGAUUACUGUGGGAUGCUAUGCGUUGUACCUUAGG